AUUGGAUCGAUUGACCUCUUUGACGAUUAGGAGGUUUAUGUUCAUGUGUUGUAAUGAAAGUUGGUUGAGUUUUUGCUCAAUUUUUGGUACUUAAUUUGAAUCCAAUUACAUUUAUUCUACUACUAGAUGCAUAAUCAGUAAUUACGGAUCCUGUGAGAAUGAGAUUUCAAGGACCAGGCGGCCCGAAUUUCAACCGCGGUGGAAGGAAUGAAAUGAUGGACGGACCAGGUCCAGGCCGUUUUCAACAAGGGCCUGGUGGCGGCGGCGGCAUGGGCCCAGGCGGUAUGGGCCCAGGCGGCAUGGGCCCAGGCGGUAUGGGCCCAGGCGGUAUGGGCCCAGGCGUUAUGGGCCCAGGCGGUAUGGGCCCAGGUGGUAUGGGCCCAGGUGGUAUGGGCCCUGGCGGUAUGGGCCCUGGCGGAGGAGGAAUGAUGUUUGGAAACCAACAAGGAGGGAUGGGGCCUGGGCCUGGUUUUAAUAACAAUGGAGGACCAAGAGGUAUGGGAUUUGGUGGUGGAAUGGGACCGAGAGGUGGAUUUGGCUGUGGUCCUGGUGGAAUGGGGCCUGGUCCAGGAGGCAUGGGACCUGGUCCAGGAGGCAUGGGACCUGGUCCAGGAGGCAUGGGACCUGGUCCAAGAGGCAUGGGUCCAGGUGGAAUGGGACCAGGUCCAGGUAGAAUGAUGGGACCAGGCCCAGGAGGAAAUCAACAAAGUAAACAAGAAAGGAACAUGCACAAUUUAUUCCUUAGCAAUCAACCUGAUGUUGAGACUGAUGACAACCGAAUUCAGCAGCUUCAAAAUCAGGCUGCACAAUGGCAGCAACAGGGGCCUCCAAACAUGGUUGGUAUGGGAGACAACUAUACCAACAUGAUGCAGAACCAUCAACAGUGGAACCAGGAGCAUGCUCAAGGAAUUGACAAGAUCACAUUAGAAGAGUUGAAACAAAAGCAGGAAACUUUUAAAGUACAAGUUAAACAAUGGGAAUCUGAAUUCAAGAAGUGGAAAGAUGAGAACAAAAGCCAUCCUGACAAGGAAUUAUAUCGUAUGUAUGAACAGCAGUGGAGAGAAUGGGAAAUUCAGAUCAGACAGAUGUCAGCCGCCACUGAAAAAGAGAUUGAAAUUAGAGAAAAUGAAAUAAAGCAGAAAGAGGCCAUAAGAAAUGAACAGCUAAUGAAAAGUAAACAAAAUAUUAGUGGCCCAGGGGAAGAAAUUGGAAUGAGUGGACAAGGUCCAGCAGGCCCUGGAGAAAUGGGUGGUUCAGGCCCAAUGGGACCAGGUGGUGGAUUGGGUGGACCAGGCCCAAUGGGACCAGGUGGUGGAAUGGGUGGACCAGGCCCAAUGGGACCAGGUGGUGGAAUGGGUGGACCAGGCCUGAUGGGACCAGGUGGUGGCAUGGGUGGACCAGGCCCAAUGGGACCAGGUGGUGGAAUGGGGGGACCAGGACCAAUGGGACCAGGUGGUGGAAUGGGUGGACCUGGACCAAUGGGACCAGGUGGGGGAAUGGGUGGACCAGGCCCGAUUGGACCAUGUGGUGGUAUGGGUGGACCAGGGCCAAUGGGACCAGGUAUAAUGGGAGGACCAGGUGGAAUGGAUGGACCAGGUGGGAUGGGUGGGCCAAUGGGGCCAGGUGGAAUGGGUGGACCAGGUCCCAUGGGGCCAGGAGGUGGAAUGGGUGGACCAAGGCCAUUGAUGGAAGGGCUUGAAAAAAUGGGUAGACAAAUGGGUGGUCCUGGAAGAGGAAAGGGAAAGAUUAUAAUUGGAAAAGGUCCAUUCAGUAAAGACGCUCCUUACGGAUACAACAGAGCAAACAGGCCUAUCGGUGAACCGUAUAAUGGACAGUCGGCUUCAUCAUUGCGGAGAAAGCGCAGAAGACUAGCAAAACUUAACCGAAUGAAACGCUCUAAUGACAACAGCAUUAAUGUUGAAGAGAUUCAUAAUGACUCGGUACCACCAGGCAUAGAGCAGUAUGACUACAGCUUGGAUUAUUCUGAUGAAGAGGGAGAAGAGGAAGGAUCUGAUGAGGCCGAAAAAUUUGAUAUUGAGGGUGUCAAUAACUUGGAUGUAGAUAUUCAACAUGCCAGUGCAACCACGGAUAUUGCCAAUACAGACCAACACUUUGAUAUCCCACAUGCAGAUGAAGAUGUUGGUUAUCCACAUGCAGGUCAGCAAUUCAACAUUCCUCAACAUAUGCAACAGGAAACAGCUGUAAAACAGACACUGAAUAAUGUUGUUCAUCCAAAUGACAAACUAUCCAAUUUUCUUGUUAUUCAAAAAGAAUCUAGUGAAGAUGGGAAGUAUGUUGAAACAAUGAUUCCUACAGUAUCAAGCGAAUCGCACUUCAAAGGAAGUGAUGUAUCCACCAUCACGUCACAGACUACUGUUGUGUCACCGGUAGUUAUUGAGAAAAAAGCAAUUCUAAAUAAAGCACCUGGUAAACAAAUCCCUCCACCCCCUCCAUCACACCCUCCACCAGCACAUGUUGUAAAACAACAAAAAGUUGGCCUACAAAACAAACCUGAUGUAGAAAACAAGAAAGGGGGUGGCGUAACAAAAUGGGAUCUUCAGCAAUUAAUGAGUGAAUCCAGAAUAGACGCAAAUACAAGUGACCUGAAAAAGUCAGUUGGCGAAAGUGAGAAAGAAAAAGAUGAACCGGAUAAAGAUAAGAAAAAAGAAGUGAAGCAAGAAGAUGAACAGAAAAAAGUUGAGGAUAAAAAAGCUGCAAACAAAAGUGUUAGUAAAGACAAGGACAGCAAGAAAGAUGAAGAGAAACCAAAAACAAAGGAAUCUGAUGAUGGAAAGAAUAAAGAGGAAUCAAGAGGAACAUUGAAAGAGGAGUUAUCACGGUUAGCUGCGGCUAAGAAGGGCGAGUCCACAAGAAAAGAUAUGUUUGGUCGGGAUAUUAAAAGAUCACGCUCCAGGUCGCGUGAACGAGAUAAAAGACUUAGCCGAGAUCAAGACAGACACAAUAGCAGAGAGAGAGCAAGUGGCCGUGAUUCUGAUAGAAAUCGUGAUAGGAUUCGCGAAAGAAGUCGCAAUCGAAGCCGUGAUCGUGAUAGAAACAGAGAUAGGAGUCCUGACAGAAGCCGGGAUAGGGACAUUGGAAGGGACCGAAACAGAGACAAUGAUAGGCAGAAACAAAAUGAACGCCUUGAUGCAAGAGAGAGAGAUCGGUUAAAUCCAGUCAACAAAGAGGCGGGUGGGGACGAAAAAACCUUAAAGCCACGUGACAACCAAGAGUUUUUAAUGAACCCUAAUGAUAAUGUACAAGACCAAGCACAUCGACCUAUAAGCUACCCGCCUAUGCCUGGAGGAAGAAGAACACCACCCCCACCACCAGGAGUUCGAGGGCCUUUGACGCCUCCUCAUUUACAAGGAAGACCAUCAUACAUGAUGGACAUGCAUUCUCAUGACAGACGACUUGGUUAUGAUGAUCGCUUUGGAAUUGAUCGUUACAGAGGAUUUGAACGCCCACCCUUUGACUCCUACACUAGGCCACAAGAAUUGUAUCAUGACAGAUGGGAUGAGAGAAUUCGAGAACGUGGACUUGAUAGGAGAGACUGGGUAUAUGAACGGGGAUAUCCUCCACCCCAACUGGAUGAUCCUUACUAUAGACGUGCAUACGCUCGUUCACCAUCUCCACCCGCGGUCAAGAUUCAGACAAUUGAUUAUGGACAUGGUACCAUUCAGCCAGCUAUAGAUCAUACCUUAAAUGACCCAGAUCCGGUCUUUGCUGCUCAACCAAGCAAUCAGUUUGGCAUGUCUCAGUCAGUUGGCAGCAGUUAUUCAAAUCAAGGUGUCUACAACCAAACAUCAGGAAAUCCGUAUCUAGCACGGGCAGGUAUCGCAAUGCCAAAGCGUGAAUUGUUUAACAUAAUGGAUAUCCUGACCACACCUGGUAGUGCGAAGCGUUCGAGUAAUACCAUCAUUAUCCUGAGAGGCCCUCCAGGAGCAGGAAAGACUUACAUGGCUAAGUUGUUAAAAGAGAAGGAGACUCAAAAUGGAGGUCAAGCCCCAAGAAUGCUUUGCUUAGAUGAUUAUUUCAUGAUGGAAACUGAAAAAACAGAAAAGGAUCCAGAGACUGGAAAACUUAUAAAGAGAAAGGUGAUGGAAUACGAGUUUGAACCAGAGAUGGAAGAAACAUACCGUGCUAGUCUACUAAAGUCAUUUAAGAAGACUGUAGACAGCGGUCUCUUCAGCUUCAUCAUUCUUGAUGCUAUAAACAACAAAAAGGAACAUUAUGACCAAUUUUGGAGCUACGGUCGAUCCAAAGGAUUUGAGGUUUACAUUGUUGAGCUGAUGCAUGAUGUUUCCAUUUGUCAUAAGAGGUGUGAACACAAUCGCAGUUUCAGGAGCAUUGAGUUGAUGAUCCAGAAUUGGGAGUCUACUCCUGCUCACUACCAGAUGGCUGAUGUCAGGGGCCUGCUGCAAGAAGCUGCCAUUGAUGAUGUGGAGAUGGAAGAUUUUGAUCCUAUGGAGAUGGCAGGGACCAGUACUGAAGCUCCUCCAGAUGGUCAAAUGACGGACACAACUAGAAGCCGAUGGGACGAGUACACCAUGGAAAAACUUGAUAAGCUGGAUGGUAUUAGGUCGUUCAAGAGGCGGAGGUCGGAAAGCGAAAUGCCGGCACAAAGCUUAGAGGAAUACCUGUCUGUAACGGAAGACUAUGCCUACAGGAAGUGUGUACCUGGGACAAAGAGGGUACGCUGGGCAGACAUCGAAGAACAGAAGGAUCAGGAUCUGAAAAGAGCGAUGGGGUUUGUCGUGGGACAAACUCAGCAAGAUUGGCAGAAAAUGACAGAUGAUAACUUUGCCCACAAUGCUCUCAACAAAACCAAGUAUUUCUGAGGGAAUUCUUAGAGGAAAACCUUUGAGACCAAGAUCACACUUGCCACAACGGAAUACCAACCGUAACUGAGUAUUAUGUUGAUCAACCAAAGGUUAACAUUCACCAUGGAUCUGAGUAACAAAGUGAUUUGUUCUGGGAAAACUAACUUUAUACUCUGAAAGUUAAUUGCUAUUAACUAAAGUAUUGUCUCCAGUAUUUUGCACCGUGAUGCUGUAAAUUUAUCAGUUUUCUUGUUUAUGUAGACACAAUUUAACUGGAGUUAAUCAGCCGGAGAUAAGUGAAAGAUAUUUUCAGUAUUUAAGCAGUUUUUUGCCAAUCUAACAGAAGGAUAAAGAGUAUUACAAGUUUUUAAUAUCUAAUACAUUUGAUUUUCCAACUUUGAUGUGGAAGAUUUACAAUACUACUGUUCCAAACGCACUACCGUAGCAUUCUAAACAGAAUAAUAAAAGGCGCAUUUGAAUUAACAGCUUUUAAAUAUAUAGCUUUUUGAGCAUACAAGACUUAGGCCUAAUUCUGUUUUGGAUUGAGUUGCACAACACCAUCUUAGAUGUUGAUGUAACUAAUUCUGUCAAUCUUGCUUUUGCAAAACUGUAUUAUUAUGGUGCAUACUGUACGUAUACUGUAGAUACAGAAGUUCUCUGGUAUAAGCUAACGCUCCUUGAAUGAAAAAUUGGGCCUUUUUUUUUUUUUGGGUGGGGAGGGGAGUUUUAGGCUUACAUCCAUUGUAUAUAGCAUGUCCCAUGAUUUGUAGUAAUGGCUAGUCGAAAGACAAUUUCUCAGCAUUGAUUGUCUAAGCUACUCGUUCAAAUCUUUCUUCAAAAAUCAUACCUCGGGCUGGUAUAAAUUUAUUUGCCGUAGUGUAGAAGAUAGGAGUAUACCCGAGAAACUGUAGUAUGCAACUUGGCAUCUCCUUCACACCAUCUUUUAUUAAACCAUUUGUAUAAAUGUCAUAACCAACCACACCAUACUUACUAGACUACUUACAUUUUAAUAUAAGUAAUUUUAAACAAAAUGGUGUCUAAGUUUGUAAGGAUUUUAUUCCAGUUAGUGGAACGUUGUGUCGCAAAAACCAUUUUAUGUUCUUUUAUAUAUUUUGCUUAAAAAAUGAACACCAAGACCUAGAACAUGUGUCAAAAAACUAAGUAAAGUUUAUGAUAAAAUGAGAGAAUCUACCCUUGUGUAAUUUAAGGGAAAUUGAUGCAUUGAAUCAAGUUAUGUUAAAAUAACCUUACAGUAUAAGCAUAAGGCAUAACAACAUUUAUGUAUGGUUCCUGAUGUUUUGUACAAGUCUAAUGUUAAAGCAGUUUCAAUAAAUGUUAUCAGAUCUUCUGGAA